AUGGAAAGAAAGAUACCACUACUGCGCCUCUUUGUUGGACCGCCGGCGCGAACACAGUGGUCGGGGUGGCUGGUGGUUUCGGGAUCCCGUAGAAAUGCUUCUUUUAUGCCUCGGGUAUUAGCCACAGCUUGUAUUCAUUCAGUAAUUCUACCCCUUCUUCAUUCUUGGACCUCGUUUCUGAAUAUUGUGACUUUUCCAUGCUGUGUCUCAGGAACCUUUUUAAUACGGUCCGGAUUGCUAGCUCCCGUUCAUAGUUUUGCGGAAGAUGAUACACGAGGAAUCUUUUUAUGGCGGUUCUUCCUUCUAAUGACCGGCAUAUCUAUGAUUCUUUUCUCCCAAAUUCAGCAGCAGGCAUCGGCCCGUAGAACCUAUAAAAAGGAGAUGGUUGUGGCGCGAAGUACUCUUGUGCACCUACUAAAUUCGACUCGCGCGCAAGCCCAAGCCCGCCCCGUUAUCUUAUGAUCUUAUGGAAGAAUUGAGCUUAUUGCUGAGCUGGUUAUUCAGAGCCAGCAAUUGGCUGUCGGAUUUCGUCCCGCAACUAGAAGAAGAUGGCUUCGGGGGUCACUGUGGUGUGUGUGGCUGAAUGUAGAGCAGUCCGCCCUUUUCACUACAGGGUUUCUUUUUGGGGUCUUAUCUUCGGGCGUGCACUCUUCCCGAUCAAGUGAGUCAUGGAUCGAAAGAGUUCUCGUCAGUGACAGAGAGACUUCUUCGUACGACCCAAACUGCGGAGAACAAGAAGUCAGUUCGAUUCCCGUGGCUGGGGAAGCCCAGACUACGGUCGUGGAGCAAGCGGGGCCGUCUGGAAUAGCCUUUCCCGCGUAACCUACUGACGAUAAUCUUCCUUGCCUGUGGAUUCGGGAUCACGAAAAACAAAUAGGUGAUCUCAUCCGCGAAUUUCGCAAAGAAAAGAAGAGGGUCUCAGGCGACCGGCGUAGGAGAAGGUAGAAAAGAGAAAGAAAAAGACAAGUAAAUCCAAAAUGCCCAUUUCUUUCUUGGAAAAACCAAGGCGAUUUCCAAAAAGUCUUUAUUGCAUUUUUAGAGCAAGAAGCAGAACAUAAAGAAAAAUGAAAAAAGAAACAUGGAUCUAUUUGUUUCGGAUAACAUCACUACACUUGGCAUGGCACUCAUUCUUUCGAUAGCUAUUUUUGGUGCCCUUAGAGCUGGUCAGAUUAUGGAAGGAAAUAAAAUUUUAAAGCAUUUGCACGAAUUAGAUCUAGCAAAAUUAAAGCAAAAAACCCAAUCAAAACUAGAGGUGCUUUGGAAAGAGUAUAAUGAUCGAAAUGGAAAUCUACAAUUACCUGAAGAACUCGAUUUCAAAUACAUAGUGGAAAAUGUCUUUAUUAUAAUUAUAGAUGAGUCUUUGCAAGAACAAAUUCUCGGACUAAACAAAAUCUAUUUAGAUCUCAUUAGUCAUGGCACAGACAGUAGGUACUUUAUUGAAAUUCUUAAUACGUACGGCCCUUUUGUAGGUAUGUAGUUAGGACUUGGUUGGGUUUUCUGUUUUCUUUUUGUUGUUCAUUCCAGAAGGGGGAGACAUUCCGACGUUUCCCGGGGGUUCUAUUCUCAUAUUCUAGAUGAAAGGUUCAGAAGAAAGUAUGGGCUCCCAUUACCCUAAUCUCAAAUCAAAAGAAGAACGUUUUCAUGGUCCGGUUGGUGCCCUUCAGAAUCUUCCAGCGAACUUCGCAAAGCCUGACCUUAGUUUUAUUUUAAUCCGCCGGGGAAACUUAACUUAAGAAGAAAAAAGUGAACUACGGUGACCUGAUUCUCUCAUAGAAAGCAACUAUCUGAGAGAUACGUAGGCAGCCCUAAGACUGGGUCCGGUCUAAUAUAUGUAUAGAAGGAUUGGA